UCACUCGCAAUUUGAACUCUAUCAAUGACGCGAGUGAUUAACGCGUAAUUAUCAUGUUAACUCUUGUAUUUGUGUUCGUCUCUUGUUGUUAAAAUAGUGCUAAGUAACUGGCGGAGACAUUCCAGCAAUUUUUGUGUAUUUUAUUUAAUUUUUUCGUUGGAGAUAGCAAAAAAAAAAUCAAAUGGAGGAUCUCAUCACACUUUUUAUCCGGAUUUGCAGCUCAAGCAAGGCACGUCGACGAAUUCUCAUCAUCGGCCUAAUCCUCACAAUCUUCAUUUUUUACCUGAAUCACACAUUUAUCGAGGAACGGCGUCGCAAAUCGCGCUUCCUCAAAGAUUGCUUCCACAAUGCGUUACCGUUGCACGUCGAACCGUUACCUGAAAUUGGCGCCGCCGCCGCUCACACGCCAGCCGGCAAACAAAACGCAUUUUUCCUCGAAACAAGUUGCUCGACACCGGCAGCUACGAUAAAUCUGAAUCCGCGUCAGUUGUGCGCCAUCGAAAGUGCCGCAAAAAAUUCGCCAAAUUGGCAAAUUCACGUUUUGUUUGCCAGCAACAUCGGAUUCUCGAAUGACUCGACGACGCGGGAAUUCAAAAUGCUCGAUGCCGUGUUGUCGAAAUACGAAAAUAUCAAAUUUUUACGACUAAAUAUCACAAAUUAUGCCGAAAGAACGCCGCUGGAGGAGUGGAUGCGCGAUGGCAGGAUGUUCGAUUCGGACUACGUGAACUCACAUUUGUCGGAUGUGUUGCGAUAUUUGACACUUUUCAAGUAUGGCGGCACAUAUUUGGAUCUCGAUGUCGUCGUUUUGCGAAAUUUGGACGAGGCGGGAGUGAAUUAUUCCGGUGCUGAGUCAGAUGAAGAUGUCGCCGCGGGAUUUAUGAACAUGGAACCUGCCGGGUUUGGGCAUCAAGUUGCCGAAUUGUGUGUCAAAGACCUUUUGGACAACUUUGACGGCUACAAUUGGGGAAAUAAUGGCCCCGGAGUCAUAACUCGAGUACUGCAAACGCUUUGUGGCACGCAAAAUCCCCGAAAAAUGAUCCGGGAUCGAUGUUAUGGCUUUCAUGUGUACCCCCCGGAUGGCGUUUAUGCCAUUCCAUGGCGACAAUUUCGGAAAUUCUUCGAUGUGAAAGAGGCGGAAGAGACUCUUGCUAAAUUGGAGAACUCAUUUAUCGCACAUCUGUGGAACAAACAUAGUCAUAAGGUUAAAUUAAAAGUGGGAUCGAAGGCAGCUUAUGCGACACUCGCGGCGAGACAUUGUCCGCAAGUGUACGCGAAUUGUGGGGAGUAUUUUUAGGACGUUUUUAAGUCAUUUUUAGGGGAAAUAUUUAUUUUUUUUAAAUUUUAGGACAAUCAAAAUUAAUUUAUUUUAAUUCCAAAAUGAGAUAUGAAACCAAAAAUUGUCAAAAUUCAAGUGUUUAGGCGUAAAAAAAUUAUUUUUUGAAUUUAACUUAACUAGGUAGCUAUAAAAAAAAAAUAAACUGUAAGGCAGUCGCAUUCAGCAAAAAUGUUUCACAUUCCACACAACUCACAUUUUUUAAUAAUACUUUAAGAACAAAACUAUUAAUUAUAAUGAUAACUUGCAGUAUUACCGAACAAAUUUUGUACAAAAUGUAUAGAAAGCAAUAUUUUUAUAAAAAAGCGUAAAUGAAGCAAAAACAAAAAAAAAAUUAAAAA